AUGUGUACUCAAAAGUACUACGGCCGGGAACAAAGAGCUACAGGCCUGCUUAGGCUUCGGCUUUUUAUCGGAAAACUGCAAAAGCGCUUCUCGCUCUCAGCAGCAACAAAAGAAGAUGGUCGCGAUUCUGAUGGAGAAGAAUUGGAAGUGACAAAAUUAGCAGUGCCGGAUGAUGUGAAGGAAGGGCAUUUCGCGGUCUUGGCAGUGAAUGGUGCCGAAAAAAAGAGGUUUGUUGUUAAGCUCGAGUGCUUAAAUAGCCCUACGUUUCUGAGGCUGCUUGAGCAGGCUGAGGAGGAAUAUGGUUUUCAACAAACUGGAGCUCUUGUGGUUCCUUGCAAACCUGAGGAAUUACACAAGAUUUUAAAGACAGAAAAGAGACGAAACACUAUUUAA